AUGGUAUAAUAAAAUUAAGGAAAUUGCUGUAAAGUAUGGUACAAUUAUUGGCUAUUUCCAUAAUAAUAUUUAAAUUUAAAAGGGCUUCUAUUGAAUAAGAAUGGCAAUUAUAUUAAUUUAAUGAGGAAGAAAGAAAAAAGUGAUUUUAUAAUUUAAUAAUCUAUUGAGUUUAAUACUUAUAGGAUAUCGAUAAUUAAGUGA